GGCAGCAGCUCGGGCACCUCAAGACGGAUGUGUCCGGUCAGAACCUCUAUGGAUGGAUGUAGCUUGUCAGGGACGAAGCUGAUCGGUUAGCCGGAUUUUAGGAAGCACAACAGACCACUAGCAGCGGCAGCAGCAGGAUGAGCUCGGACGGGGGCGGGCGGCCCGUCAAAGUGGGCUCCCUGGUGGAGGUGAUCGGGAAGGGGCAGCGCGGCACGGUGGCAUACAUCGGCACCACGCUCUUCGCCUCUGGGAAAUGGGUGGGAGUCAUCCUCGACGAGGCCAAGGGCAAGAACGACGGCACGGUGCAGGGCAAGCGCUACUUCACCUGCGAGGAGAAUCAUGGGAUUUUUGUGAGACAGUCACAGAUCCAGCUUGUUGAUGAUGGAGCAGACACCACAUCCCCAGAGACACCUGAGCCCGGCACUGGCAAGGUUCCCAAACGAGAGAUCCUGGAGACGCCCAAGUCCACCAAACUGACCACGGUCAGAAGGCCCAAGCAGCCCAGCCGGCCUGCAGGCACCGGUGGGAAGGGGGCUGCGUCCGGCUCGGCCUCGGCCUCGGCUGGAGAGAUGAGCAGCAGCGAGCCCAGCACCCCGGCCCAGACACCCCUGGCCGCUCCGGUCAUCCCCACUCUCCACUCGCCUGGAAAACCUCCGUCCCCCAUCCCCAGUAAGGAGGAUGUCACUAUGGAAACACAGGAGGAGGAGGCUCUCCGGGCUCAGGUGAAGGACCUGGAGGAGAAGCUGGAGACGCUGAAGAUGAAGCGGACGGAGGACAAAGCCAAGCUGAAGGAGCUGGAGAAGCACAAGAUCCAGCUGGAGCAGCUGCAGGAGUGGAAGACCAAGAUGCAGGAGCAGCAGGCUGAGCUGCAGAAACAGCUCAAAGAGGCCAAGAGGGAGGCUAAAGAGGCCCAGGAGGCGAAGGAGCGGUACAUGGAGGAGAUGUCGGACACUGCGGAUGCCAUCGAGAUGGCUACGCUGGAUAAGGAGAUGGCUGAGGAGAGAGCUGAGUCUCUGCAGCUGGAGGUUGACUCCCUCAAAGAGAAAGUGGACGAGCUCACCAUGGACCUGGAGAUCCUCAAGCAUGAGAUUGAGGAGAAAGGUUCGGAUGGUGCUGCGUCCAGUUAUCACGUGAAACAGCUGGAGGAGCAGAAUGGCCGACUGAAAGAAGCACUGGUCAGGAUGCGAGACCUGUCUGCGUCAGAGAAGCAGGAACAUGUGAAGUUGCAGAAGCAGAUGGAGAAGAAGAACAUGGAGCUGGAUGCUCUGAGGAGCCAGAAAGAAAAGCUGCAGGAGGAGAUGACGGCGGCAGAAAAGACCAUUGACGAGCUGAAAGAGCAGGUGGAUGCAGCCUUGGGGGCAGAAGAGAUGGUGGAGACUCUGACGGAAAGAAACCUGGACCUGGAGGAGAAAGUCAGGGAGCUGAGAGAGACGGUCGCUGACCUGGAAGCCAUCAAUGAGAUGAACGACGAGCUGCAGGAAAACGCCAGAGAGACGGAGCUGGAGCUGAGGGAGAUGUUGGAUCUGGGAGCAGCGAAAGUCAGAGAGUCCGAAAAGCGAGUUGAAGCUGCUCAGGAGACCGUAGCUGAUUACCAGCAGACCAUCAAGAAGUACCGCGAGCUCACCGCUCACCUACAGGAGGUGAACAGAGAACUCACCAGCCAGCAGGAAGCUUCAGCAGAGCUGCAGCAGCAGCCGCCAGCAGAGAUGUUUGACUUCAAGAUUAAGUUUGCAGAGACGAAGGCCUACGCCAAGGCCAUCGAGAUGGAGCUGAGGAAGAUGGAGGUGGGUCAGGCCAACAGACACGUUUCUCUUCUGACCUCCUUCAUGCCCGAGUCCUUCCUUCGUCACGGAGGAGACCACGACUGCAUCCUGGUGCUGCUGCUCAUCCCCAGGCUCAUCUGCAAGGCUGAGCUGAUCAGCAAACAGGCCCAGGAGAAGUUUGACCUGAACGAGAACUGUGUGGAGCGAGCGGGACUGAAAGGAGCCGUCGGGGAGCAGCUGAGCUUCGCCGCCGGUUUGGUUUACUCGCUCAGUCUGCUGCAGGCCACGCUCCACAAAUACGAGCAGGCUCUGGCUCAGUGCAGUGUGGACAUCUAUAAAAAGAUCGGCUCUCUGUACCCAGAGAUGAGCGUCCAUGAGCGAUCGCUGGAUUUCCUCAUCGACCUGCUGCACAAAGACCAGCUCGACGAGACCGUCAACGUGGAACCGCUCACCAAGGCCAUUAAAUACUAUCAGCACCUGUACAGCAUCCACCUGGCAGAUCAGAACGAGGACUGCACCAUGCAGCUUGCUGAUCACAUCAGAUUUACCCAGAGUGCCUUGGACUGCAUGGCUGUGGAGGUCGGCCGUCUGCGGGCCUUCCUGCAUGCGGGUCAGGAGAAGGCCGACCUCGCUGUGCUGCUCAAAGACCUGGAGACGUCCUGCAGCGACAUCCGACAGUUCUGCAAGAAGAUCCGCCGCAGGAUGCCGGGAACCGACGCACCGGGCAUCCCAACCGCGCUCAGCUUUGGGCAGCAGGUGUCCGACACACUCUCAGACUGCAGGAAGCACCUGACCUGGGUGGUGGCGGUGCUGCAGGAAGUGGCGGCAGCCGGAGCUCAGAUGAUGUCGCCCCUCGGUGAACAGGAGGGGCUGUCCGCCAUCAAAAUGGAGGAUGUGGCGUUCAAGGCAGGAGAACAGAUCUAUGGCUCUCAGGGGGCCAACCCCUACGAGUACCUGCGACAGUCCUGUGGCAUCGUCAUAGCAACCAUGAAUAAGAUGGCCACCGCUAUGCAGGAGGGAGAGUAUGACUCAGAGAGGCCUCAGAACAAGAAUCCUCCACCAGUCGACGUGCGAGCGGCGGCUCUUCGAGCAGAAAUCACAGACGCAGAAGGUCUCGGCCUGAAGCUGGAGGACAGAGAAACUGUUAUCAAAGAGCUGAAGAAGUCUCUGAAGAUCAAGGGAGAGGAGCUGAGCGAGGCGAACGUCCGUCUCAGUCUGCUGGAGAAGAAACUCGACAGUUCGUCCAAAGAUGCGGACGAACGUGUUGAGAAGAUCCAGACUCGCCUGGACGAGGCCCAGACUCUGCUGAAGAAGAAGGAGAAGGAGUUUGAGGAGACGAUGGACGCGCUGCAGGCCGACAUCGACCAGCUGGAGUCAGAGAAGGCCGAGCUGAAGCAGCGAAUCAACAGCCAGUCGAAGAUGACCAUCGACGGGCUGAGAGGAACCGGCCCGUCAGGAAUCGCUUCCAUCGUCACAGGAAUGUCAGGAGAAGAACAAAAAGCGAACAUGAUGUCCGGCGUCGGCUCGGGUUCAGGUGUCCAGGUGAUCGACUCUCCGCUGCUGACUCAGCAGAUUGAAGCUCAGAGACUCUGCAUCAAACACCUGAAGAACGAGAACAACAGGCUGAAGGCUGAGAAGAUGCGCGCUCAGCUCGCCUCUCUGCCUCCUCUCCAUGUCACCAAACUUCCCUCCAGAGACGGAGGACGUCCUGAAGUGCUCUCUAGCGCCCUCUACCGCAAGACUGACCAGCUCCUGGAGACUCUGCUGCAGAUGAGCGCAAAUGUCAAGGUGGUGGACAUCACCGGGAAAUCUCCAGUGACACCUAGUGCUCAGCUCCUGGAACAAACAGCUCGACUACAGUCUCUGAGUGACACUCUGGACAGACUGAAGGACGAAGUAGCAGAGCACGUCGUCAACCAGCAGCCCGGAGCUCGAGUGUCAUCCGACUUCGCCACGUUCCCUUCGGCAUCGUUUGUAAAGGCGAAGGAGGAGAAGCAGGGCGACAUGGUGCUGGUGGGUCGGGUCACGGUGCCGUGUCCCCGCGGUCAGGAGCAGGUCCACCGCCUCGUCCUGUCACAGUGUCAGCUGCAGAGAGUUCACAGUCUGCUGCGGACUUAAACCUCCCCUGUCCUGCGAUCCUGCCUGCUGCACCAACACACCCCCACCACCUCCCCCACCCCCACCACCUCCCCCAUCAUCAGCUUCGUCUCCACUCCACGGCCAAAACAAGUCAAACCAGGAGGAAUUCAGUCACCAGUGGUGAGCUUUUUACCUGCAGGAAAUGACCUUCCUCUUUUUUGAAAUGCACGUUGAUGACAGACAGUCGGGGCUGUAGUCUGAGACCAGUUGAGUCUCAGGGUCACUCUGCAUCAUGCAGGACAUUUCAGUCUUGAGCCUGUUUUGACUGCUUUGUCUCUGUCUCACCCACUUUGGUGAGAACUACAAUUAAUUGAUAUACUGAUUAAUUGAUAAGUCAAUUUACAGAAAAUAUAUUAACAAUAUGUUAUUGAAUUAUUAAAUAAUUUUGAUGUUUUAUUCAAUUAUUUCUUGAAUAUUUUAAUGAAUGAAAGAAGAAAUUUGAAAUUCUAUUGGAAUUUUUUUUUUUUUUUAAUCUUCUAACAUUUUAUCACCAAAACAGUUGAUGGAGAGAAUCAGGAGAUUCUCAGUGAAAACAAUAACUGUUUGACUACAGUUGUUAAUUUCUGAAAUUUUUAAAGUCAAACUCCUUUAAGACAGAAAAACACUAUUUAUUUGCCUAUUGAUCUCAAAUCAAAAUCAAAUUUGGCUCAGCUUGGUUGCUGUGGUGACGUGUUAGACUGCUGUGCUUCUGACUACAGCCCUGCAUACUGAGGAUAUCAUGACCCUGAACGCCGUUUUACGGCCACAGAUAGAAUCAGAGGUACUUAGCCUGCACUGCUGCAUGCUGCCCAGAUCCACUGAAAACGCUCUCGUUGCUGUUGAGUAUUUCUCAGCCUCCUCUUUGGCCCUGGCAGUGGAACCUGCACCGUGUGGUUUAUAUGGAACUGAAACACUGGAUGUUGCUCCAUGUUACUGUGUUAAACUGUUAAUGCUACACAAGAAACCAAGGAUCAUGACUGUGUGUUGUAAAUUUGAAUCAGGUGUUGCUGUUGUGUACUCCAUUUUUAUAACUCAACUGUUUAAAGGGAAAGAAAAUUAUAAUUAAAAAAAAAAAUUAAAUUAAAUUUAAAUUUAAUUUAAAUUAUUAAGAAAAACUAGAUUUGUCCAUUUAAAGUCGUGGGCAUUUUACUGUGGUUUGAUCAAAGAGACUUUCUGCAUAUUUAACACGUUUUGAGCGACAGAGGAAACUUAGCUUUACUUGGAUGUAACUUUUAGUCCUUUAUUAUUCACUGACGACUGAAACGUUUUAGGGAUGAAGCUACAUGCAAGCAAACACCAGUGUGUUCAGGAUCGUUUACUCUCCUCUGUGGUUUCAUUAAAAACCCUGUGAGCUGCACAGGACAAGAAAAGCAGAUCAAUGUCGAGGGAAUUUACUGUGUAAAAUGUGACUGAAAUUCUUUUGCAGAUUUAUCAUAUUUAAAAACAGCUUGACUGCACUUUAGUGAGAUGGAGCAUUAUAUGGUUUAAAUUAUUUAGUAUUUAUUUACAUGUGGCGUAAGUUGUUACUGUUUACUUUUUACAUGCUUGGUACAAACGACACGCCGGUUGUAUUGGUAAAGGUACUGAAUUACAAAAACCCAGACGACUGUAUUAGCUGUUUCAGACUUUAACUUUGUCCGAGCCUUAAACCUGCAGAGAGCCUUGUGGUAAAGAGCGGUCACCUGCCUUAUUUUUCAUCAACCAAACCUCAUUUAAAGCAAAACUACAUCUUUGCCAAAGAAUUUUUGUUUCUCUUCACCACGUUUGCCAUGGCUGAUUUUAAAAGGUUUUUAAGUUCAUUAAUCCAUACUAACUGUUUAACUUAAUGAUUUGUUAGUCUGUUUGUUUGCACAGUACUGUCGUAACUUGAAAUUUUAUUUUGUAGUAAUUAAUGGGCGUAGUGCAUCUACAACACUGUAGACUAAGGGGGAAAAAAAUGCAGACAUUUCUUAUUUAUUCAUUCAUUAUGUUGUUUCUCUGUGCUCCCAGUGGGCAGCUGAUGUACUGAACCUGCAGCUAACUUGUCUUACAUUUUCCUCCUGUGGCUUCCUGCUCUUGCACAACUGAUCAAU